AUGAACAAGCAUAAGAUUGUCCCUCUGGAAAUGUCAGCCAUGGUUUCUUUCCCAGUGAUGCUGUUUCUGAUAACUCUGUUGCUGCCAGCAAUGCACCCUGAAAGAAGGAAUCAAAAAGAACCCACCACAUCUGCUGAACAUGAGAAAAAUCUCAAGGCUGUUGUGGACAAGAUUGACAGCCAAAGUGAAAGAAACAUCACAGAGUCCUUGGAGAGGACAUUCUCUGACUCCCAUCAAGACCAAAAAUUAUUUGAAAACCGGGUUAAUCAACCCAAGGUAAACCUUUCUAGAAUGUUGAAUAUCCUGCACAAAUGCUCUGCUCAGAAUCAUCAAGUGGAGACAGUAAAUUUCAGAAGAAUGCCCCAUAGGAUUCAAGCUACCAAACUUAGGUACCACCAAAACAAUUAUAAAAAGCAAGUCCUCUACUCUGUGGAUGAAUUCUUGACUUUAGUGAGAAAUGAGUUGAUUUCCAAAUAUGUAUAA